AUGCCCCAACAAAUUCAUUGGACCUCAUUUGGUAUCCCAUAUGUGGUGGAGUUCAACAACGUAUCGUUCGCGCCUCGUAGAACGGCGUCUCCUUCAGAAGAUAUACUCGCGAGCUUUCCUCCACCAGAGAAUCCAGCUUCUGUCUCGGAGCAAUCUCUGGCAUACUCAUGCCCAUCGGCCGCAAGCUCGACCUCUUCUUUUUGUCAUAUCUCGAAGUGUAUGUUAGAAUCCCCACUACAGACCCGCUCAUCUAUUUCGCGCCUUGCAUCCUUAUCUCGUUCGGCGCCUGGUAUGCGGUCGGCAUCUUCAUUCUUCAAGCGGAAACAGCAGAAAUCUCAUCCAAGCACACGCAAACCUUGCACGACAAGCCAAAAUGCAUUCAGCAACCCAAUCGACACGUGGUGCAGUAUACCUGCCCACGUUCCGAAACCCCUUCCCCCUGUGCCUCAGCAAGAACCUGAAGGCAUCCAUGUGGACGGGCUCCACAUACAAUUUGCCACGCCCCCAUAUGAUCCACGUGCAUCAUCCCGAAGUCGACUAGUGCGUCUGCAAAAGACGAUUACCAGCGCAGUUGUCGAGGCAGGCAUGGAUACUCCCUCCUCACUUGAGGAGCAGACGGAUGUCUCGACGAACGGCGUUCCUGAUUAUCGUAGCCGCGAUACACUGUUCCGUGGGACAUAUGGACAGGUCAUGGUCGCUCUGAAAGCAGCGGGCCUUGUUGCGACGCCAUGUAUGGAGGGCGAAUUUGCAGGUGCUACGCGUCUGGGCGCGCUUUUUGUUGCACAUAGAUCCUCAGAGGAUAGGAAUGUGCAGCUAAGAAAGCUGACACUAUGGGGCUGA